AUGACUGGAAAUGUGGAUGGUUCCAUCUCUGUAUAUAAUAUGAAAAAGACUAGUGAACCACAACAAAAAACUUCCCCACAUGGGCAAGGUCCAUGUCGACCUAUCAACGCCAUCGAUUGGAAGUACACUGCUGACGGAGAUCAGUUUGUCAUCUUCUCUGGUGGUAUGCCGACUGAAGAUGGCUUGCCUGUCCCUGCGCUCACAUUUCUUCGUGCCUCGAAAUCCGCUACCGUUCUUGAAAUGGAGCGUCCGAUAUUGUCAUUCGUUACCCUACCAAAUAUCCCUUUCCCAUCGUGCCCGCAACAGCCACAAGCGUUGGCAGUUUUGUUGAAAGGAGAGUUGAUGGUGCUUGAUCUACUCACGCCAGGCUACCCUAGUAUUGAACCACCUCACGCAUUGGAUUUGCAUGAAGUUCCGAUCACUUGUGUCGCGUAUUAUUCCGAUUGCGCCAGUGAUCUCAUCGGAGCUUUAACCCUAGUCGGUUGUAAGCAGAGAAGGAAGGGAUUUAGCGAACGGGCAUGGCCAAUAAGCGGUGGAAUUGCAAGGGAGUGCGCUACAGGUCAUCAAGAACUCAUACUUACUGGUCAUAAAGACGGUUCAGUACGUUUUUGGCAAGCGUCUGGAGAAAACCUUCAAUUUUUGUAUCGUCUCAAAACAACAUCUCAUUUUGAAAGACUGGAAGAAUGGGAAGGCUGCGAAAAGGUUUCUCAUGCUGUAAAAUCAAUUGAGCUUUGCGUUGAGGUUGUGCAUAUACCUCAGUCAAGUGCGUCAUCGAGUAAUACAGCUGAUGAACGCUUGCCUCCCGUUCCACCUCCUAGGGAAAUACGCCGCCAGAAGAAGGUAGUAAGCCGGGAUUCAACCAACAGUCCAGACACGAGCGACGCGUCGGGAGAUGAAUGUAUUUUCCCCUUCAAAGUUCGCGGAGCACCAGUAAAACGUUCCGCAGGAUAUCAGGUAAAUUUUACGCCGAUUUUUUUGGAGAUACGAAUUGUUGCAGGUUUUCCUGUCUAA